GAAAAUGAAACACAAGUUGAGGAAUCUCCCAGCAGUUCAAAAGAAGAAAUAAAACUUCCUGCUAUAACACCAAGGUAUCCACACAGAAAACCGCAACCUAUUGCAUCUAAACAAUUCCAUGGAGAAAACAGGCUUUACUUCCCCCCAUCGCCUGGUCAGAAAAAAAACGAACCUGUAAACUUCAGUAAACUGAUGAGCAGUGGCUAUGGCAAUGAGUGGCUCCAGCAACACGAUGACUGGGAAAAAAAGAAUCCCCAGGCUAAGGGGCUGAACACGGAAUCAUAA